AUGGUGGAACUUACGGAGGACGAGAAAAGCGAAUUUCUGCUCGCGACUUAUUGUCACAUGUGCGGGAAACCGUUUCAACCGGAGGACAAGCGCGUGCGGGAUCACUGUCACCUAACCGGACGUUACAGAGGUCCGGCGCAUUCUCGUUGCAAUCUGAAUUACAGAAACGUUUACGUGAUUCCCGUGUUCUUUCACAAUUUGUCGGGUUACGACGCGCACUUCAUCGUCGAGAAAAUCGCGAACGAUUUCGAGGGCGGGGUCGAUCUGCUGCCGCUCACGAAGGAAAGCUACAUAUCUUUCUCGAAGACCGUUAAGGAGACGCAGACGGACGGGAAAUGGGAUCGGUACGUGAAGCUUCGAUUCGUGGACUCGUAUAAAUUUUUAGCGGCGAGUAUCGAAACCCUGGCGUCCUAUCUGAACAGGGACAAACUGAGAAUCACGCGUUCGGAAUACGCGGAUUUGAGCGCGGAGGAUCUCGAUCUGCUCAGUUGCAAGGGAGUGUUUCCGUACGAGUACGUCGACGGCGCGGACAAACUGCGGGAUACCGAGCUUCCGCCGCGCGAGGCCUUUUACAGUUCCCUGACCAACGAGACCGCGAGCGAGAGCGACUACGAGCACGCGACGAGGGUCUGGCGACGUUUUCGCGUGCGAGAUCUCGGCGAGUACAGCGAUCUGUAUCUCAAAACCGACGUGCUUCUUCUGGCGGAUAUAUUUGAAAAUUUUCGGGACGCGUGUUCGGCGAGUUACGGGCUUGAUCCCGCGCAUUACUACACGUUGCCGGGGUACACGUGGGACGCCAUGCUGAGGUACACCGGCGUGCGUUUCGAGCUGCUCACCGACAUCGACAUGGUGCUGUUCGUGGAACGCGGAAUACGCGGCGGCCUCAGUCAAUGUUCGCUCAGGUACGCGCGAGCCAACAACAGGCACGUACCGACGCACGACUCGUCUCAGCCGUAUCUCAUGUAUUACAACGUGAACAAUCUGUACGGCUGGGCUACGAGCGAAUCGUUGCCCUACGCAAAUUUCCAGUGGCUCGACGAUCCUGAGAAUUUCGACGCGACGACCGUGCCGACGGACAGCGACGUCGGUUACAUUUUAAAGGUGGAUCUCGAGUACCCGCGGGACCUGCACGACGCCCACGCGGAUCUGCCGUUGUGCCCGACGCGCGACAAACCGCCCGGCAAGCGACAGGAAAAACUGCUUGCCACUCUCUACGACAAAUCGCGCUACGUGACGCACUAUCGAAACCUGCAGCAAUGUCUGCGACUAGGUAUGCGUCUGACGCGCGUUCGUCGCGUUCUGCGAUUUGCCCAGUCGCCGUGGUUUCGCGUCUACAUCGAGCUGAACACUGCGCUUAGGACGCGCGCGAGCAACGAGUUCGAACGGAAUUUGUACAAACUGAUAAACAACGCCGUCUUCGGCAAGACUAUGGAGAACGUGCGCGAUCACGUGGACGUGCGUCUCGUGACGCGAUGGGACGGGAGAUACGGCGCGGAGGCGUUGAUCGCUAAGCCGAACUUUCACAGCAGGAGCGUCUUCUCGGAGAAUCUGGUGGCGAUCGAGCUGCGAAGGCUCGAGGUAAAAUUCAACAAGCCUAUCUACGUGGGUAUGUCUAUUCUCGAGAUAUCCAAGACGCGUCUCUACGGGUUUCACUACGACUACAUGGUGCCGCUCUAUCGCGACCGUUGUCGAAUUGCCUACACGGAUACGGACAGUCUGAUCUAUUCGCUGGAGUGCGAAGACGCGUACGAGCGUAUGAAACGCGACGUGCACAGGUUCGACACGAGCGAUUACGCGGAGAACAACGCGCACGGUAUGCCGCGCGUCAACAAAAAGGUGCCAGGUUUGAUGAAGGACGAGAACAACGGCGCGAUCAUGACGGAGUUCGUGGGCCUCAGAGCGAAGAUGUACACCUACAAGGUACUCGGAUGCGACGACACCAAGAGAAUAAAGGGCGUCAAGAGAAACGUAGUCGCGAAGAGGAUCACGUUCGAGGAUUACGUGGAGUGCCUGCGGAACGCGCGCGAGCUGAAGACGCGCCAGUCGUGCAUACGCUCGACGCUGCACGAGGUUAACACCGUGUCGGAGCAAAAACUAGCCCUCAGUCCGCACGACGACAAGCGAUACGUGACGUCGAACGGCGAGGAGACGCUUCCGUGGGGGACAUUACAAAAUACCGUUGUAAAAAAAAGGGAAACAAUAUUGUACGCUUUAAAAAUUGUUUUAUCGUAA